CCGCCUCCUUUGUGUGUUGAGAAGUUCCUCUCGCCCGCCGCCGCCAUGGCUGCUAAAGCAGCUCAAGCUUUGCAGGAAGAGCUCUUCUGCCCCAUCUGCUUGGAUUACUUCACGGACCCGGUGAUCCUGAGCUGCGAGCACAACUUUUGCCGGGCCUGCAUCUCCAGGUUUUGGGAAAACUUGGGCAACAGCUUCCCCUGCCCGCAAUGCAGGAAACGGUCACGCAAAGAAAAGCUCCGGCCCAACACCCAGCUGGGGAAAGUGGCCGAGAGGGCCAAAGAAUUGGCCUCGAUUGCUGACCAGGCUAGUGCUCCUGAAGGCCCGCCGUCGAGGGAUGGCAGCAGCAAGGCAGCAGGGGCCGCCACUAGAGAAAUGUGCAAGCAGCAUCUGGAGGGGCUGAAGUUGUUCUGCAAGGACGACCAGAGUUUGAUCUGUGUGGUUUGUGAUCGAUCCCUGGAGCACAGAGCGCACACAGUCAUGCCUGCAGAAGAGGCGGCCGGGGAGUACAAGGUGCAGCUGCUACACCACUUGGCAAUGCUGAAAGAUGAGUGGAACAGCAGGGAGAUCCUUUCCAUUAACCAAGGGAAGAGACUGAAGAUGCUGGUGGACCGUGCAGAAGCCGAGAAGCAGCGGACUGCUCAUGUGUGCCAGCAGCUGCAGAAGCGCUUGCGGGACAGGGAGAAUGAAAUGCUUCAGGGGCUCUCAAAAGUGGCCAGUGAACUGAUGAAAGUACAGCAGCAGAACGACAGCAGAGUUCGGCAGGGGACACCACUUCUGCGGGGACUGAUAGCGGAGCUCGAGCUCAAGUGUCAGCAGCCAGAUAACGAGCUUCUGAAGGAUAUUGGCAACCUUCUGAGCAGGUGUAAAAACUGGACCUUUCCAAAAUGGGUGCCAGUGUCUACUACUGAACUGGAGGAGAGAAUUGUCCAUUUCUCCCGGAAGAAGACAGUACUUUGGGAGCACAUGUCUGGGAUGCAAGAAAUCUUGACCCUGGAUCCUGAUUCCGCUCACCCCAGCCUAGCCAUUUCAGCUGACCGGAGGACGGUGAGCCACAGAGGUGUUUGUCCAAUGCACCACAAUUUGUCUCGAAGAUUCUAUCCCUCCUUCUGUGUGCUGGGUUCUGAGGGAUUCACAUGCGGCCGUCACCACUGGCUGGUGGAUGUGAAGGGCCAGUGUGGUUGGGCUCUGGGUGUCGCUCAAGAAUCUGUGGAUAGGAAGAAACCCGUGGUCCUGGAUCCGGAACGUGGAAUUUGGGCUGUGGAGCUGGGUCCAUACCAGCUCCUUCCUGCAGCACCGGCCUCCAAGGCAGCAACGGACAUUCCAACCCGCAGGUUUCUGGUCAGCCUAGACUAUGAAGCAGGGCAGCUGACGUUCUCUGACUCUAGUAACGCAGGACCUCUCUUCACCUUCAGGACCUCCUUCACAGAGAAGCUUUACCCAUUCUUCUGGCUGUGGUCUCUUGAGGCUUCUAUCACAUUGUGUCCUUGAGGCUAGAGAAAGAGAUAGGCCCGGACCUGACAUUUGCCAUGGUGGUCAUUAGUGAUAAAUGGAGACGGAAGUUUGGGGUAGCAUACAAAUUUGAUAAAUACAAUUAAAAUAAAUAAAAGAAAAGGCAGUCUGCACUGGCUUGCACAUGGUCUCUUAACUAUUCUCAUUACCACAAAUACCUGCUUUGAGCCUUAUCAUUUAAACAGGGUCUUGUGCGUCAGGUCAGAUAUGUGCAUGCCAGGGCACUGUUGUGUAAUUUCUGUACCACCUCUCCUUAGAGUCCUGUGUUAAUAUGAAAGCUUCCAUACUAAUGACAUUAUCUUGGCCAUCACAUGUUUCCAAACCUGUAUGUGCUGAUACAACUUAUGGUGCCGUUGGAUUUUGAGCAGAGGAACCCGGUUCAAUUCUCCACUCAGCCACAAAAUGUACUAGCUGACUAGUCACUUUCUCCUGCCUAACCUACCUCACAGGGUUGUUAUGAAGAUACAUGGGAGGGGGCAAGAAGUUGUGUACACUGCCUUGAGUUCUUUGGAGGAAGGAUGAGAUGAUGAUAAAUGUGGAGGUUGAGAAGGAUUGAUGGGCGUACCUAUUCAUUCUCUGCAAAUGUCAUGGGCUAUAUUUU